UCCUUCCACAAUCGCUGGCCGUAGCGCAUCAGCAGGCAGUUUAGGCUACGCCGAGCUUCGCCUGGUCUGUUAGCAGGUGUAUGGCAGGAGCGAAAAAGAAAGGUUAUCCUCGCUCGUAUCGUCCGUGUCUGUUGAUUUUUUAUUUUUUUUACAUUUUAUUUUAUUUGGUCUUUUCUCUGUCUGAGUGCGUGGACUGUUAGACCAAAUCGGAUGGUCCUGAUUGCGUGUGUGUGAUUCAGCGAAGACGGGGCCAGAAGCAUCUGCAGUGUGGCUGAAGCGGAGAGAAAGACGGACAUUCAGAGCGACGCUUGAUCGUAAUUGUCUCCAUCCCCAUCGCCUGUGAAUGGGCUGUGCGCCGUCCGCCUCUGCAGUCACUGUUUAGAGUCAUUAGUGGAAGAAGAUGGCGGACAGGGCUGAGAUGUUUUCUCUCUCCACCUUCCACUCGCUCUCUCCUCCGAGCUGCAGGCCAGCUCAUGACAUCAGUCUGGAGGAGUUUGAUGAUGAAGAUCUGUCUGAAAUCACAGAUGACUGUGGCAUUGGCCUCAACUAUGACUCUGACCCUUAUGAAAAGGACUGCCUCAUUUUGGAGAAAAAUGAUUUUCACCACCCAGUAUGCUCAUUCCAAGAUGACUUCCAAGAGUUUGAGAUGAUUGAUGAUGAAGAUGAUGAUGAUGAGGAGGAAGGAGACGCAGACCCUGAUGCUCCGCCUUCUCCAUCUGCAUCCCCUCCCCCCUCUCCUACUCUCGGCUCCCUUAAAAGCCGCCCCACCACUCUAAACUUGACCGCUACAGCUUCACAGGACUCCUUGAACAACAACAGUAACGUAUCUCCACGAAAAUCAAGCUGGCAAGAUUCUCUCUGCAAUCCCACUUCACAGGGACGUUUGUCUCCAACGCACACUUGCCUUGAGGAUGGUACCCACAUGACCAGCACAUGCCUGGGGGCUCCUGUCAGCAUCGUCUCUGCCAAAGGUACUCCCUCAAACCCACCUGGGCACUGUGGUCUCAAUCAGUCACCUGGCAGGCCACUGCUGUACGACUUUGAGGGCAACAGACGCGAGCGUCUUGAAUACGGUUCUUUCGGUCAGCACAACUCCUCUAGUGUUCCUGAGGUCACAGAGACAAAACCUGUGCUUGAAGGAACUCUCGAAGAGCAUAUGCCCUCAGGUGAUGACUGUAUUUCCCAGUACUCUGACACCGAAGUGGACCAUGACCUCAAUGGCCAUGCUAAGCAACGAAUGUGCCGCCCCCGACCCAACGAUACAUAUACCAUCACUACAGAGACUGCUGAUGACCCUGAGCUGGAGAAUGACCUUACUUUGGAUGGCACCAGCAAAUGCCUGUCCUCUACAGCACCACUUGGCAAUGAUGCUGAGACGCCACUGUCAGAUGAGGAGUUGGAUAAAGAGUUUGAGAUUGACUUUAUAAGCAAGGAAACAUAUGAUGUGUCCUCAAAGCAGGCUGAGGGUUCAUCUUAUGUGGAGUUUCCCAGCAUUGAACCCACAGAGCUGGCUUCUGUCACCAGCCAUGUGUUACUCAAUCAAUCAGACAUUGAUGCCACUAAUGAGCCUUGUGACAUGCCCCAGAAUGUACUUGCCACUAGCCCAGCAGCUGCAUCAAAUGAUACAACAUCUCCUUCUUCUGACCCUGGCAUUGCCGACAUGAAUGCCAAGCGCUUUACAGAGUCAGGCCUUCACAGUGAUGAUCUCAGCUCCCCAGGAUCUGACUCUGAUGUUGAAGGUGAAAUAGAGGCAGCAUUCGCCUGCAGUGGCCCCCUGGCCAGUAACAUGAUUUCCUCAAUCUCAGAGACAGAGCUAGACUUGACUAGUGAGUCCAGCAGUGGACGGUCCUCACACCUCACCAACUCCAUUGAGGAGGCCAGUUCCCCAACCUCAGAGCCAGAGCUGGACCAAGAGCUUGACAUUGAGCAGGAUAGUGGCAUUGUAGGUCUGAAAGCAUCUCUUCUUCUAGGCCAGCCUGAACCCAUUAAACAGGACGAGUCCCCAACUGAAAAGCACAGCCCAGAAAUUCAUCCUCUAGAUGAUGAACAUGCACUGACGGGACUACAGAGUGUGGAUGAUGAGCAGGGUUAUGGGCACCAAGCUGAUCCAGAUGAGACCCUGCCUCCUUCAGUGCCCAGUGAGGAUGGUGCAUCUCAACAACUUCUGCUGAAGAUUGAACCAGACCACAGUCUUGAGAGCUUCAAACGGUCCUUCUACCUGCCUGUGGGACCCAGGCUCAUGGCCUCUGUGGAUGACUAUGAUGGGAACAGUGAGGGAGACUCUGAGUCAGAAUCAGAAGAUGAACUGAGUGAGAACUCGGAUUCACCAUGGCUGCUUAGUAACCUGGUCAACAGAUUGAUCUCAGAAGGCUCCUACCCAAUCAGCUGCCCAGAGGAGUGCCUCAGGCGCUCUUCCUCCAUCUCUGACACUAUCUCACCUUCAUCUGAUUUGGAGACAGAUGCCUUUAACGAGAGCGCCAGCUGCAAAUCACAGAUGCAGAAAGAAGAGAAAGACCUAUGUGACAAGCCAUCUAGAGGUCCAGAGGCAAUGACGGAAGAGGAUAAAGACAGAAGAGCCAGCUGUGGAUCAGGGGACGAGCAAGAGGACAGCAAGAGAUUCAGCUCCUGUAUGUACAUGAGCAACCCUACUAAUGACACCAUUGCUCCUGUCUUCUUAGAGCUAUGUCAUCCCAAGGACACAUAUCAGAACACUAAUGAGUUUACAUCCCAGAGGUCGCCAAAAAAUCAGCAAAAUGAAGAGGAAGAAGAAGAGCCAAAUAAUGACUUGACGAUGGAGAGGAUGAAAGACCUGGACUCACCCAGCCUGAGUGAGAGCAUCAACAGUGACAAAGACGAGGGCCGGGAAACAGUAGUGGACCCUCUCUCUCUGGAAAAAAUCACAGAGGUCAAAAACAGUCUGACACUUGACAUCCCCACAGCACAGACCAAUCGUUGUUUCAGCCUCACCUACUCCACAGACAAUGAUGAAGAUGAAGAGGAGGCUCUUUCUCCUUUCCUCGAGGCUCUUCCCAAGUCAUCUUCACCUUUUGGAAAUGACACUUAUUUGGACAGUUCCCCACCUAUCGAUGAGAGCGUGAGGGAGCUGCGAGGCAGCUUUGACUCAGUGGGUGGCCGCCCUGUAGAUGACUCCCUGGCUUAUGACUCAGUAAAGUACACUCUAGUGGUGGAUGAAAACACCACCCUGGAGCUGGUCAGUUUGAAGCGCUGUACCUCUGUGCUCAGUGAAGACAGUGAUGGACUCUCUACUAUAUGUGAUGAAGAGGUAUCUGAUGAAGUAGAAGUUGUGUAUGGGCGGAGCCAGAUGGUAGGAGGAGUGCGGCCUAAUCUGCUGUUAAGCUCCUCCUCCUCCUCUGAGGAUUCCUCACCUGAAGCAGAUCUACCUUUCUCCAAGAAAUUCCUCAAUGUGUUUGUUAACAGCACAUCACGGUCCUCCAGCACAGAGUCAUUUGCAUUAUUCUCCUGCACUAUAAAUGGAGAGGAGAGAGACCAGACUCACAGAGCGGUUUUCAGGUUUAUCCCACGUCAUGCAGAUGAACUGGAGCUGGAUGUUGAUGACCCACUCUUUGUUGAGGAAGAAGAGGAUGACUACUGGUACCGUGGCUUCAAUAUGCGCACAGGGGCUAGAGGCAUCUUCCCUGCCUACUAUGCUCAUGAGGUCAUUGGGCAAACCAAGGACUUGAUGGCAAUAAAGAGAAACCCAGCUUGGAUGGAGAGUUUUACUGUGCAGUUCUUGGGUUCCGUGGAAGUGCCUUAUCACCAAGGCAACGGCAUCCUCUGUGCUGCUAUGCAGAAGAUUGCAAUGGCGAGGGAAAGGACAGUACACCUUCGUCCUCCAUCUCUGUGUGAGCUGGAGAUCAGCUUGCAGGGAGUCAAACUAGUCAUGAGCCUGGAGGAUGAGUAUGAUCUCUCAGAGGAGUUUGACAGAUGUAGUCACUUCUUUCAGAUGAAGAACAUCUCUUUCUGCGGAUGUCAUCCAAAAAAUAACUGUUACUUUGGCUUCAUAACUAAGCACCCAAUGCUGAACAGGUUUGCUUGUCACGUGUUCGUCUCACAGGAGUCUAUGAGGCGCGUGGCUGAAUGCGUGGGACGGGCAUUUCAAGAGUAUUAUCAGGAACAUCUGGAGUACGCCUGUCCCACUGAGGAUAUCUACUUGGAGUAGAGGCGGAUAGAGUUUACCAUGGCAACCACUGUCCAUAACGACAGAUUUCUAUUUCUGGGUUCGGCCACUUGAGGGCGUCUGAUGCCCUUUACUGGAUGUAAAAUAGGCCUCUAAUUUAUUUCUCUCUGUCUCGACAUGAACUGAGCUGAACAUAUAGGAUUGAUCUUAGUGAUGCGUCCAUUUAUUGAAUUCUUUGUUUGUUUAUUAUUUUAUUUAUUAUUAUCUUUGAAAUGGGUUGCCUGUUUAACUUUUGUAUGAUGUAACUCCUAGGGACAUGGCUUGUUUGAGAUACUUGUUUUUCUUUCUUCUGGUUUAGAAAAGACAAAAUAUGACUUCAUGUUUUAAUGCAUGGCUUUGAGGGUUAUACUCACAGAUGCAGGAAAUAAAGUAUGGGUUUUGUAAAUAUGUAUUUGUUUGAUUCUGAAAUAUGCUGAAUUUGGUUUGUACUGAAAUGGACAUCUUGACAGGCAUAGGUUCUGAACAGGGAUUAGAAAUAUAUUGACUGUCUGCUCAUUGUAGUAGAAGGUUCAUUCUUACUCUACCAUUGUGUAAAUACUGUAUAUUUAGAGACAGUAGGUGACUACUACAGAUGCUUCAUUACAUUACUGUAUGUAAGUAGCACCCUCCAUCAGCCAAUGGGAGUGUGGGGAGGAUUACAGGUAGCCAGGAAGGCCUAUGUUUUAGCCUGAGAAUGGAGAGCCACGUAGCAUCAGCCAUGCACCAUCCAGUAUACUGAUCUAUACUAAACUACUCAAAUUCUGCUAUAGUUUACCAGACAAUCCAGUCCAGACAACUCUUGUAUAAUUCUCAGGCUGUACUUCAGUGAUUAACGCGACGUCUCUUAGGGCCCGCCCUCCAUGCAUUGAAGGCUGAUGGGUAGCUGUGUAACCAGCCAAUGGGGUGCAGCACUUUUAGGCAGGACUUGAACCCUAACCUUGACCGCCAUAAUACCAAACACUUUACAAGCUAAUCAAUGGAAAAGGCCUAGUAAUUUACUCUGUGAAUCAGUUUGAGUCCUUGUGAAUCUUUGCCCAUAUUUUAAAAAUAAAUGAAAGAAUUUAAAAAACAUUUUACUAAUAAUGCUACAUUGCUCCACUCAUGAGCUUUAUGAAAAUUUGGAGGAGUAAAAUUAUUAUAACAGACAUGUAUCAGAAAGUUGAAAACUAAAAGUUCUCAAGGCAAAAUAGGUAUUUUGGGCAUUUUGGGACAUUUGAGUUUGCAAGAAUGUUGCUAUUGCAUUCUUAUACAUUUUUCAAGUUGUCAAUACCAGUUACAAAUCAUGAAGUACUGAGGAAUUCCACUUAAGGCCAUGAGAUUCUACCGGCUUAUGCCAUGCCCUUUAAUAUAGCAUAGAAAACAAAACAAAACAACAAAGCAAAUAAUGCCAAAUAAUGAGCCAGACUACACGUGGCUAUCUGAUAAAGGAGGUCUGUCUCUUAUAGCCUGCCAGUUCCUGAUGGCAGGCAGACACAGUUAAGGUUUUUUGUUUGUUUCUGCUCUUUGUUGUCUCUGCCCUUGCCCUUACCUUGAUUACCAUAACACCAGACAGUCCACAGCAGAAUCAUUUCUUCCAGAGCAGAGAGCCCCCUGCUGGUCUGAUAACUAUAUCAUGUCAUGUAUGGCUAGAAUUACCAUUGAUACUGUAGUUCACAAUUACUAUUAUCAAACAAUAAUGGCAUUGCAGUAACCCAGCUGGGUUAGAGAAUAGAUUAAUAUAUUGUGCAAAACAAAUUCCCUUAGACGUGCAUGGAUAUAUGGAGACUCCGCUAAACUAUAAGCUAGAUGAUCUUGACAAAGUUGAAUAGGACUACAAUUAGAUCAAAAAGUGCUUCUUAAUGUGCUGACUUUUUUUUUUCUUCUGCUUUCUAUUUAAUAGUAGCCUGUAAUGGAGGACUUGAUUCUUGCAUACAACCAAAUAUUGGCUUCAAUAUCUCAGUAGCAGAUAAUAAUUAUGAUGCAACUUGUAGGUAGGGCUAAAAUGUUCUAGAUAAAUCACUGAGGCCACUCCCCUCCUGCUCACCCUAGGCAUAUGACUGUCCUUCAGGAGCCUGUAGUGGGAUUCCAUGGUUACUUGUUCAUUUGUGCUGAUACAUGUCGGGAGGGCUGUGGAUUUAAGACUUUAAAUGUGAUUUGCUGUCAGUUAGAUUGCUGUAAAUACUCUAGAGUUGAGAUGACCAUGCUGUGUCCUUUCUGUUGAAUAUGAUACUGAAAUAAAUAUGUAAAUUUGAAGGAAAUAAUAACUGAUAAUCUGUCACAACCAAAUGGCAACUGUAGUGGGGGUUACAAAAUAUUGAUUUAAAUUAGUAUUUGUAUAUUUUCUUUCAACUGCGUCACAUUGCUGUUCAUCUGUGGUUGGAUAUGUUGUCACAAUGUGCCGAAUAAUGUGUGUGCUAAGACGCCUGUGAAUCAGCUGUGUAUAAUGUCAUUCACAAAACAACAUCCACAGCUCAUGCAUUGUUAUGCUACCUGUCCCAUCCAUAAAUGGGACAUUCUUCAGGACUCACAUCAGAAUCCCAAAUUCUACCUUACGACUGUUUUUCUUUCAGACAUUACUUCAUACAUGUUUGUCCAGAGAGCAUUUCUCAAAAUGUGUGUCUACAUUUGAGCAUUUUACAAUCACUGAUUGGCCAUUAAACCCCUCUUAUGUAUUGAGGCAAAGUGACAAAUAAACACUGGACUACGUAAGCUUGGGUAGCUCAAUGACUACAAUAAAAACAAACCUCUGGACUUCAAGUAUAUAAUGCAGUCCUGUAUAACAAGACCAACAGCAGCAGUAUGACCAACUAUUUAUCUUGUAUCUUUAAAAAUUAAACUUGUAAAAACAAAAAUCAAAAAACAAACAAAAAAAUUCACUGCCUUGUCAUUGGUUUGGUCUUAUGAAUAAAAUACUAUAUGCUUGAUGUCA